UGCGGCGAAUUCGCAUUUGUUUUGAUUGCAUCAAAAAACAGAUGGUGAAAUUCAGAGAGCGAGGAAGAGAAUAACAAAAAAUAAAAACAAGAAAAGAUUGCUAGUGCUAACUAAAUAAAAUUCAUUUUGACAAAUGUCCGGUUACAUUGACGAGCCAGAUAGCAUGUUGUCGUUGCCACGGGUAGCAUUCAUAGCAUGCGGUUGCUUCAGCCCCCCAACGCCGAUGCAUCUCCGGAUGUUUGAAAUUGCUCGUGAUUACUUUGAGAUAAAUGGCACGCACAAAGUUGUGGGCGGUAUCAUUUCGCCCACGCAUGAUUCCUAUGGCAAGAAAGGACUGGCGCCCUCCUUGGAUCGUUGUGCCAUGGUCAAGUUGGCGGUGCAGUCAUCCAGCUGGAUUCGAUUGUCGGACUGGGAAGUGCAUCAGCCGCAAUGGAUGCGCACACAAGCCGUGCUCCAACAUCAUCAAAACUAUCUGAACAACUAUAUCAAUUCCCCAGGAGAUGAGGAGCAAAAUGGUCCGCUGCCAGGUUGGCUGCCACUCGGAUUACGGGAUCGGAAGGAUCCAAUACGUCUGAAGCUGCUGUGCGGUGCCGAUUUGCUCGAGUCCUUUGCAGUGCCUGGACUGUGGGCCCAAGAGGAUAUUGAGGAGAUUGUUUCCAACUAUGGACUAGUAGUGAUUACUCGCUGUGGUUCCAAUCCGGAAAAGUUUAUAUUUGAAUCUGAUGUGUUAACCAAAUAUCAGCGCAAUAUAACGCUGAUUACCAACUGGGUGCCCAAUGAGGUGAGCUCAUCUUUGGUGCGGCGUCUUCUGGGACGCGGUGAGUCUGUCAAAUAUCUGCUGGACGACUUGGUGCUCAACUAUGUGAUGCGUCAGGGCUUGUAUAAUGUGAAAUCUAAGUAUAUAACGGAUGCACUGCGUCCAAAUCAUUUGAAUUUCAAUCGCUCGUACAUGGACAACAACAAGAACACCAUUCAACUGGAUAAUGUGCAGUCGCCGCAAUCGGAUAUGGAUGAAUCGGACAGUCCGUUGAGGCAACAGACGCGUGUCUUCUGCUGUGGCGAGUCAACCCCCCGAGCUGCCUCUGCCGCCGCCAAGCUGCUGUUGAAUCGCUCGGGACCUGGACAAGCGGUGCAGGUGAUCACGGUCCAGGGCAAGGGCAACAUGAUUAGCGAGGUCUACGAGGAAUCGCAGGCGAAGAAACAAAAGAUGCUACAAGGACAACAGCUUUAAGCUGUUCAAAUCAAGAUGACGGAAUGAUACAGGAUGUUUCCUCGCAAACAGGAUAUUUUUGCUUACUUCUUGUUGUAGAUAAUAAAUACAAA